AUGAGCACAAAUAAUUCUCCUAACCUUAUGGGAUCAGAUGACCAAUACAGAAAAAACUCCACGCAAAAAUUUUUCACAAAAAAAAGUUUGGAGAAAGGAAAUAGCCUAAAAGCUAACCCAGAUACUAACACCAACAAGCUGCCAAACACCACAAUCCUAAACUCAGCUGAAAACACGCAAACAGUGCCCAAUACCCAACUUGCGAGACAAAACACAAAUCCCAACAAAAUUUUGGAAAGUUUGGAGAAAGGAAACAGUCUAAAAGUGAGCACAGACUCCACCACAGACGAUCUGACAAGCAAACAGAAUAAAAAUCUAACUGGCAACACACAAACAGUCCCUUUAGAACAUGCGGCGAGUCUAAAUAAAAAUCCUCACAAAAAUUUAGAAAGUUUGGAGAAAGAUGGACAUCGAAAAAGUUCGGAGAAAACAAUUAAUUGGGAAAGUAUGGAGAACACUGUUGUGACUCGAAAUAGUAAUUCCAACAUUAAGGAAAGUUCGGAGAAUACUGAUAGUGCAACCGGGCACAUCAAACAAAGUUCGGAGAAAACAAUUAAUUGUGAAAGUAUGGAGAACACUGUUGUGACUCGAAAUAGUAAUCCCAACAAUAAGGAAAGUUCGGAGAAUACUGAUAGUGCAAUCGGGCAUAUCAAACAAAGUACGGAGAAAACUGAUAGUGCAACCAGUAUGUCCCAUGUGCGCGAAAGUUUGUCGAAAACCGCGAGAUAUAGUGACAGUACCGAACAAUACGAAAGUAUGGAGAAUUAUUCUGUAGACGGUGCAAGCGACUCAUCGCUAGACAGCCUAGAAAAGAGCGAUAACGUGAUACGGUCGGAUCCAAAUGAAAGUUUGGAGAAACUGAUUAACGACCUCGAAGACUCCAACGCUGACUCCCUUAGCCCAGAUAAAUUAAAUGACACCGUUUUGGACAUGGAUGAACAAGAAAAUCAACCCAAACUCCCGAUUGAAGAAAAAAAUCGAACAACUUUUUUGGAAAAAAAAAAGUAUGGAGAAAAUCUCAAUUUCUCUCAAACCACCUUCAAAACGUUAGAACUACCAAAAAAUGUCAUAACGAGACCAUUAGACUUUGGGCAAAAUGCACGGUCCUCUGGCGACUCCAGUACCAUCACCCCUAUUAACACCCCUAUACUUAACAGUGCCAAUAACACCCUGACCCAAGGUGCAGAAGGGGCUUCAGGAUCAAGUACAAAACGGGUACAGAGCAUUAACGAUGUGAAUCCAUUCAAAAAGGUAUUUGCAGCGGAAAGUGGGAGGACAGAUCAGACAGGGGGUGGAUCGAGUAACUUCCAGUUUGAUUUUGUCCAAGCACCUACUGCUGUAAACAAGCCUUUCUCGCAGUUCGAAAGCAUGCAACCAGCUAAAAACACCGGAACAAUAAAAAGAACCACCCUACAAGCUGACCCGAGAAUCAAAGUCACGGUAUUAAAUAAUGACAUACCCCCUCAGACAACUCAAAAAAUCCUGAAUUUCAACUCAGCUUACUGCACCUCUGAAGAUGAAAACAAACCCCCGUACUACAAUUAUGGAAACACUCAACUACCUACAUCGCCAAACAGUACCUUCCAGUUAAGGGAUAAACCCCUAUCCCAAAAUCAGCCUAUGGAAACAGACCCUGCUCCAGGUACAAACCCCCCAUUCCAGACGCCCAGGAAAUUCAGUAAAAACUUCCAGAUGCUGAUGAGGGAAAAAACCAAAAAAUCAAUUACCAAAACAAAUAAUAGAUUCCAGCCUCUCACUGACGAAUCCGAGACGGAAUAUGAGGAUGAUCUGGAUCGAAUUAUUAAACGUAAAAGGGUAUCAUCCACUCGAACCCCCAAGAGUAACAAAAAUACAUCCAAAAAUGUUAUUCAAGCGGAAGAAACCAUAGAGAGCAUUCUCGCUGAGAAUAAAAACAACAACCCUCCGAAGACGACCUCCAACCCCAAAAAUAAAUCGACUAUGCCACCUAUAGUUAUCGAUGGGAAAACAUCAAACCAAGCAUCACUCAUUAGCGACAUAAAAGAAAUAGUAAAAGGUAACUUUAGUAUUAAACACACCAAUAAUUCGACAAUCCUCUUUGUGGAUGACAAAGAGGACCACUGUAAGAUGGUAGAAAAUAUUAGGGCCGAGAAGCUACCCUUCCACACUUAUACCACCAAAGAUGAUAAAACCCACGCGUUUGUUCUCCGUGGGUUAGCGGACGGCACAAAAAUUCCCGAUAUUGUGGAAGAUCUACAGGAAGAAUACGAAAUUAAAGUUAAAGAAAUCUUUCGUAUGAACACCAAAAACCGACCUCUUUUUCUGGUUGUCACGGACCCCUCGAUGACACUGGAUUAUUUAAACAAGAAUGCCCGAAGAGUUCUUUACACCAGGGUUACAUGGGAACUUCGGAAAUCCGUCAAAUUAAUAAUCCAGUGUCACAAUUGUCAGCAGAGUGUAACCCCGUGCAUGGGGGAGCCCUCGGGGGCAGCCAUACCGUCGGGUAAACCGGCAAACACCGCGAAAAUCGCGGAAUCAAAAACCGAACUCUCUCAACGCCUAUCGAGUCGGGUAAAAGCUUAUAAUAAGUUAAUCCAAGAAAGCCGAGAAAGCUACAUACGCAACCCUAACAUCUCCAGAAAUAAGAAAAGAAUAAUUCUAUCGAGCAGCAUAAAAACUGUAAGUACUGAGGACCUAACCAUAAAUCUCGGUGAAAAGUCCAGUACUGCAGGAGACCCACGGCCAAAUUUUCCAAAAUUGGAAAGUAUGGAGAAAACUGUCAGAACUAGUAAUACAACAAGAGACCGUAGACAUAGCACCGGCGAACCACCUAAAAGUCCGAGCGCGACACAAUCCGCUUCUCAAGACGAAAGCCACUCAAAAUUACAAAGUAUGGAGAACGACAAUUUACAAAGUAUGCAGAAACAAAAUCUGCAAAGUUUGGAGAAAACACUUAGCGACAGCGGGCUGGCCCAAAGUCUACAAAGUAAGGAGAAUGCGUUCUACUUACUUUCCAAAAGACACGAAAGCGGCGAAUCAAAAACGAGCGAGGAUAGUGAAAUGGAGGCAGACAGCUCCGAAAACGGCUCGUUCGAGAGAAACAACACCCACACGGCCAAAAAAGCUAAGAGAAACUCGCCGAAAGGGCCAAAAACAGACUCUUCGGAAAGUUCGGAGAAUGAACUUAGCGAACGCGCCAACGACUCCAGAAGCAUCGAGCAGUUAUAUCUUGAUAGCACCGACAAAGACGAUCGAGACGGCUCCGAUGUUGCCAAAUCCCAAGGAUUCCCAGAAACUUUGGAGAAAACCAAAAAAUUAAAAAGUUUGGAGAAAACCGAAUUGGAAAGUAUGGAGAACGAAAAUUUGGAAAGUAUGGAGAAAAUUAAAAAUUUCAAAUUCACCCCCAGACGGCAUGAACAGGCAAAUAAAAAGAACGAAGACGACUUCGUGUCCGAUUAUGUGUCGAUCCCCUCAGCGGAAGGGUUAAAAAUCACCAUUAAGCAGUGCGACGUACCGCAGGCUCUGAGGAAAAACAUAAUGGAGUAUAACAGCGGACAAGAACUAUCCGGGGAUGAAAACCAUAGUUCCAGGCUGAAACAAACCUUAGUUACCCCCAUACUUCACCCCUUACCUGACCAACCGUCUGAACUAACCCUCCCAAGUGGCAGAACACAACCUCUUCCCCCAAAAAUAUACAAACCCAGACCAAAACCAAACCCCCCACCCGUUAUCGAAAAACCACCCCCACCCCUACCUACCUCCCCCAAUAGCACAUUCCCACUACAAAGAAACAAAAGAAUCACUGAAGCUAAUAAAGAUCUAAAUAGGAUAGACAUCAUAUCACCGGACGAAAAAAUGGACACUCAGGAUUUCAUCUCACCCCCUAAACUAAACGGCCAUCUAAAAAGGAUGAUGAAGCAAAAAGCUAUUGCUUCACUUCCCAAACCCGUCGAAACCAGAAACAGAUUCCAAGUACUCACGGAGUCUGAGGAAGAAGAAGAAGACGAAGAAAUUCUCAAAAAGAGAGAAUUGGCUAGAAAAGAAAGAAGGGAGAAAGCCGGAAAUCAAAGAAAGAACUCAACCGCCGACAGAAAGGCAGAAAACCCUAGCGCAAACAACAAUAACAAAAAAGACACAAUACAGGCUAAAAAGAAAAACUAUAUGCCACCCAUAGUCAUGGACGGAGUGCCAGAAGACCACCAGGGGCUCACAGGUGUCCUCAGGGAAAUAAUUAAGGGUAAUUUCAACCUUAAAUACACAAACAACUCCACAAUUGUUUUCACUGAGGACAAAGAUGACUAUGACAACGUCAUCAGGAAUAUAAAAAGCGAAGAAAUGUCCUUCCACACUUAUACGAAUAAAACAGAGAAGUCCCAUGCAUUCGUACUGCGCGGACUUGGGGACGGCACAAAAAUCGAUGACCUAGAGGAGGACCUGAUGCAAAACUACGAGAUCAAAACAAGAUCUAUAUACAGAAUGACCACCAGAAAUAGGCCCCUAUUCCUGAACGAAACGAAUCAUUCCGAUGGAGGCGACGUAAACAUAAAUACAUUAUUUAAAGAGAAUAAUACGCAAAAUGUCUUAGUUGUUGCUUCUACAAGUCCUUACUUCAAUAAGAACGAAACGAAUCAUUCUGAUGAAGGCAACGCAAAUAUAAAUACAUUGUCUAAAGAAAGUAAUACGCCCAAUGUUCUAGUUGUUCCUUCGACAAGUACUUACAUUGAUAAUGAGGAGCUUACUAUUUUUGAGGCUGAGGACGUUGUAGACCGUUCUACAAACCUAAAAGUUAUAUAUAGUGGAAAUAGCAAUAUCUUAGAAGAGACAACAACUAAUAUAGAAACGCAACAUAAACAUCAAACAUCGGACCUGGUGGAACGUGCCUUGAUUUUUGCAGAAGAUUCCGACGAUUCUAUUAAAGACAGAACUUACAAUCCAAGUUCUGACGAAAAUUCAUCAGAAGAUGGUUUUGAUCAGACAGUGCAAGUCGAAGAAAAUGAGGAGCUCAUGUCAGAGACUAUCGUCAGACCAUCCACAGGACGUCCAAAAAAAGGUAGAAAGAGAAAGUUUUUACAACAAGAUAGAAACAUAAGAAAGAAGAAAACGAAUAGCAAUGACGAAUACUAUUCAGCAAAAGGAAAAUUGAUAAAACCCAAAGAUUUUAUUGAUUUUACAUGUACUUGCAAGAUAAAAUGCCACGAAAAAGUGUCUGCAAUCCGUCUAUAG